AUGGGUAACGCACCAUCUAGCGGAAAGCCGCCCAAAGUGACGUCACAGGACAGGGCCAUUCUGCAGCUGAAGCUACAGCGAGACAAGCUGAACAGGUCGCAGCAACGGAUUGCGGCGGUGGUGAAGAGGGAAGAACAGAUCGCACGCGAAUGUGUGGCAAAGGGAAACCGGCAACGGGCUCUAUUAGCAUUGCGCAAGAAGAAGCACCAGGAAUCGAUGCUUGGGCAAGUACAAUCACAGGCAGACACUCUAGAGCAACUUAUUGGCACAAUAGAGUUCAAGCUGAUCGAGAAAGAUGUAAUAUACGGGCUUGAACAGGGCAAUAAGGUAUUGAAGCAGCUGAAUCAGGAGACUAGUCUUGAUCGUGUUGAGAAGAUUUUGGAUGAUACAGAAGAAGGAAUACGGUACCAACAGGAAGUGAGCGAUCUGUUGGGAGAGGCCAUGACUCAGGGAGAGGAGGAUGAAGUUGAAGAGGAGCUCGAGCGCAUGGCAAGAGAAGCCGAGGCGGAGAAGUUUCCAAAAGUCGCAGAAAGUCCGCUUCUACCAGACGCUCCAUCUACAGUUAUAUCGGAGGCAGGGCAAGAGGAGGCUCCAGUUCAUGCUCCAGAGACAGAGCCAGAGCCAGCACCAAGGCACGGGCCCAUCGCUGCUUGA